CCAAGUCUUACACUCGUAUGAAAUUUGACUUUAUUUCUACAUCACAUCGCAAUAUCCCGCAGCCAGUCGCUAUAAGGUUGUGUCACUAGUAUAGAUGGCCUUUUCCAAGCCAAGAAUGGCUUUUGUCAGCAGCCCGGAACGGUCCCCGAGAUUGCCCGGGUAGUCAUCGGGGUUCAACUGCCGGAUUCAGCCGCAUCUCGGUAUAUAUAUAUAUAAAUCACCACGAGCAUAUAUCAUCGCCAGACUCCCAGGUGUGAUGACCAGGUAUCUCCAGGCCUACUUCCGACGAUAUCAGCAUUCUUUUUCUUUGGUCUCAUACCAUUGACUCUGAAGCCCGACCCAAUCCAAUAAAUCAGCAACUCCCCGCUCGAAGACCGAAUACAGUACCCAACAACCGCAUUUUCCUCUCUUACUCUUGAUAACUCACAUCUCCCUCCCUCCCAUUAACCAAAAUGUCCUUCCUCAACCUCAACCUCAACCUCAACCUCACUUACCAAAACAUCCACUUCCGCCACCCUUCCUCUUCUUCUUCCCCUCCCAUCCCCUUACCCCCCCUUCCCCCGGGGAUCUCCCGCUCCUUCAUCCCCACCCCCCACGGUGACCUCGAGAUUCUUCAUACCGCCACCACCACCACCACCUCCUCCUCCUCCCAACAACCAGCCCUCUUCUUCAUCCACGGCGGCAUGGGUUCCGCCUCCGUCUGGCUCGAGUACCUCUCCUUCUUUUCCGAACAACAACAGCAACAACAACAAAAUAUCCCUUGCUACGCCAUCUCCAUGCGCGGCCACGGCGGGAGUUGGUACCCUUCUUAUUUGCGGAUGGUGUACGGGACGACCAAGGGGGAUUUGACGGGGGAUGUGGUGAGUGGGAUUCGAUGGGCUGUUGAUAGGGAGCGGGGACAGCGGAAGCAGCUGCAGCAGCUGGGCCGGGAAGGGAUUAAAGGUCAAGGGAAGGAGGGUAGGGGAGGAGAAGAAUGGGAAGAGGUGGAAAUGGUACUAAUCGGCCAUUCCAGCGGUGGAGGUCUGGCGCAGUACAUUCUCAGCGCAGGUCUUCUGGGUGGAUUGGGAGUGAAGAUCAAGGGACUGGUGUUGAUGGGUGCUGUGCCUGGGUUUGGAUCCAUCCCCAUCUACCUAACCUGGUUCCGUCUCGACCCCCUCUUCGCCCUCCGCCUCCUCCUCCACUUAGGCCACCCCAACUCCCCGCUCUCUCACCCCUCCCUCGUCCGCCUUAUCUUUUUUUCCAGCAACGACCUCCUCCCCGACUCGUAUCUCUCGAGAUUCAUGUCCUUCAUGAGCCGCUACGAGUCCCUUCUCUGGCCAUUAGGCAUGGCCCGGUCUUUUGCUGAUCCCAAGAAAGUACUGCUGCGGAUAUCUGGCUGGGAGGAAACAACAACCAAACAAGAACAGAAGCAGGGCCAAGAAGAGAGGGUCCUUGUGAUUGCGGGCCAAAGAGACAAAAUCAUGACGCAGCCUAUUAUGCAACGGCUUGCAGACUGGUAUCGCGCUGCCUAUCAGAGGUUGGUGGUGGAGGAGAAGAAGAUUGAUGGGGUGAUGGUAGGAAGUGGUGAGAAUGAGACGGUGGAUGAGGAGGUGGAGGUGGAGGUUGAGGUGGAGGGUUCAGGGGGAUUCAAAGACACAGCGGGGAGAGGGGUCAGGUUCGCACUCGUUCCUGGGGCAGGACAUCAUUGCCAGAAUGAUGUAGGUUGGGAGGUCGGGGCGAGGAAGGUAUUGGCGUUUUAUCGGCAGCUGCUUCGAUAACAACCUCGUUGCUGAGAGUUGUUGUUGAAAGGUAACAGGAAACAGGUGUGUAAUUUUAUACGUGGUUUAUCUGGUGGGUAGAUGAAUUGUGUGGUGGAUGAUGUAUACUGAAUGUAAAAUUAAUGGUUAAUCCCCUCUUCCAUUUUCCAGCCUGUUUGCUUACUGAAUACGCUACGAAUCAAGUG